GGCAGUGUGAAGCUGAAAGGCUCUCCAUGUAGGAAGUGAUGGGGUGGGCUGAGGAGGUGGAGGGCCUGGAAGCACAUAUGAGGAGGAAUUUUGGGGAUGAUCACCAGCAGUUAAUGCCGGCAGGCUCUCUUCGUAAAAAGAAGCUGGCAAAAAGGCCGGGAUACAUGAGGCCAGAAGCUCAGCGACAGAUCGAGUUUCAGUCCCUGGCUGCCUGUGCAGGGUUCAGCCCAGCAGAGCUCCAGCAUGGCAGGCAGCACUGUGGGGGCUCUGAGAACUGUGCUCUGCACAGGCAGCGCCAGGAUGACUUGGAAUUCCUGUGCUCUAGAGCAGUGAGUAGUGCUGUAGUUCCUGCUAAUGGGGUGACAGCCUUGGCCGCUGCUGGAAAUGCUCCAGGAUGCUGUGAAAAUCUUUUGUGCUGCGUGAGUCCACGGUCAGAUAGCACGGGGAUAGGGACCUGCCCUGCUGCCACGACGGGCAAAGGAGAUGCUUCUGCUGUGUGCUGUACGUGGCAGAAAAGCCACAGUGCCAGAGUGAGCAAGCCCCCAAACAUGUAUGCUUUGGAUCAGACAGAAGUGAAUAACAACUGUGAAUCUCAAAGCAGAGAUGGUAUUUCUCAUUCUGCUGGUGCACAUGGUAGCUUCCGUUCAAGUUUCAGCUUCAUACAGCUCUCCUUGAACUCGGCCGCUGGAGUAAAUGAUGCUGAAGGCAAAUCUAUUGAGGAAGCUGAGAUCGUUCUGCAUCCCAAAACCACAGGCAGUCUGCAGAAGCCAGAAGAGAUGGCACAAACCCACGAGCACUUGGAAGAUUUGUGUUGUCUCUCCAGGUCCAGUGAAGAUUUGCGGCAUGAACGUGAGAGCCCAGUAAACGAAAAAUUACAGGACUGUGAGACUGUCUCUCCCUCAGACAUAGAUGCAACAUUUUCAUAUUCUACAGAUUCCUCGGAUGCAGCCUCUGCUGGCUCUUCUGUCACCUCAGGCUAUGAAAGCAGCUUUACUGUCAGUGACCAUAACUGGGAUACUUUGAUGAAAAAAUAUGAACCAGUGCUCCAGGACUGCUUGCUUGGCAACCGCAGUACAUUAAAGUUAAAAUCCUUGAUCUUACGGCUUCAGACGCUUCAGGAAAAAGCAAUAGAGGAAGAUGACUAUGAUAGAGCUGAUAAAUUUAGACGGAAACUGGAAGAACUGGAGAAGGAGAAAAAUUCUUUAAAGUUUCAGCUUCCUUCAAGGCAUCCCUCAGUUAGCAGUUUUUUGGAUAGGUUUGUGACCCAAGUUCAGGCAACAUUGUGCUGGGCUGCUGAUCAUUGGGUUAGACAUGAAGAAAAUGGUCUUUGCCAUGAAAAAGAGCACAGACUUCAGAGAUCAACUUCUCAGGAGAGGACACAGGUUUCGACCACAAAACGAAACCAGCUUUUUCAGGAAAAGAAACGGUUACAGAAAGAAAUUGAAGAUCUCCAAACAAGACUGGCCAUAUUAGAAGGAAAAGAUCAACAGCUGAGAAGAGAAAUUGAAGAACAAGAUAGGCUUAUUCAGUCACAGGACUGUGAACUGACUGCUUUACUUGGCUGCAUUUCUUUAAGAGAGCUGCAGGAAAUAAGCAAGGCUGUGGAUGACACUUUAGCAUCUUCCUAUCGAAUUCCAUUCACUUUAGACCUUCCAGGAGCAAUAAAGAGCCUUCAAGAGAAAGAGCAAUUGUUCAGCACAUCCAUUAAAGAGACUACUGCCAAAGUUUGCACGAGUCAGAAACUCUGCAGUACUUUGAGGAGGAAAGUGAGUGAUAUUGAGACUCAGCUACCAGCUCUACUUGAAGCCAAAAUGCUGGCUGUUUCAGGAAGUAAUUUUGGCACUGCGAAGGAUCUUGCAGAAGAAAUAAGAUCAUUAACAUCUGAGAAGGAGGGACUGGAAGGACUUCUCAAUGAACUGUUGGUUCUGAAUGCCAGAAAUACGCGAAAAUUAGAGAGAAUUAAAGAUGAUUACACCAGACUGAAACAAGAACUUGAGCAAGGAGAGACUGCCUUUGUGAGCAGUGUAAAAGAAAAUGCUGAGAAGUACAUGGAGAUUCUGGAGGAUAAACUACAUAGCUGUGGGAGCCAGCUGCUCCAAAGAGUGUGGGAAGCGGACUUGGAGGCCUGUAAGCUGUUGAUCCGAGGAUUUCAGCUGAAAGAAACCAGUUGCUGUGUUUUUGAGGAAGAAGAGAACCGAAUGGAUGAGAUGGAGAUGACUGCCGAUGCCUCACCUGAUUCUGAAAAAAGAAAAGAAGGUCACUUUCUAAAGAGCAUGGAGUGGGGUGCUGUUUCCUGCCCCAAACACAGGGAGCUGAAAGAGUGCUCCCUCUUAAAUCACUAUGAAGGAAAGAAACACCUACUAGAUUUCAAGAAAAUUGAGGUGAUUAAAGUUACAAGGUUAUAGAAGACAUUUCAUUUGGAACAGAGGGCCAUUUAUCUGAGGAGUUCUUCAUAUUUUCUGCAGAGUUGGGAGAAAAAUGUGAAGCAAUAAGUGAGAAAUUGGUGCAUCUGGAAGAUCAAUUGCAAAGUUCCACC